CGGAUAAAGAAAUCCAGGGCAGUAUCCGGGGAAUUCAAUAUGGCUACCAGUUUUAGGAAAAGAGCGCAUAGCUCUAAAAUUCAUCCUCUUGGAACUAGACCAUCAAUACAGAAUGCAUCCUUAUUAUUAGUGUCUACUGGUGUUCCAUCAAUGGAUGCACUAUUAGGUGGUGGUAUGAGUGUUGGAAGCAUAAUGCUAGUUGAAGAGGAUAUCAAUGAGAGUUAUUCCCGUGUUAUUUUCAAAUACUACAUUGCUGAAGGAGUAAUGUGUGGCCACUCGCUCCUCCUGUCUAGUGCCAGUGAAAAACCUACAGAUUUACUAAACGAUCUGCCUGGUCCAGUGCAAGAAGACAGUAAUGAGGUGGCAGCUAAUUUAAUGAAAGAUACUAUUGUUGAAGAAGAUGAUGGUGACUCUGAAGAAAUGAAAAUUGCAUGGCGUUAUCAAAGUCUCCCUAAAGUGAAGUCAUCUUUUAGUAAUAAAUUUGGACAUCGCUUUGAUUUGACAUCCAAAAUGGAAGCAGAAAGAUUGGAUCCUGUUAAAAUUUCAGUGGCAGAGUUCGUGGACACUCGGAUUAGAACAUCUGCAGCAAUGUAUUCCACCUUGUUACAGUCAAUAAGAAAAGAACUUAGUCAUAAUAUUUUUUCCAAUAGUGAUCCAGCUGAUUCACACAAUGAGCAAAAGACCAUCCUUCGUAUAGCCAUCCAGUCAAUAGGAUCACCAUUAUGGCUUGAAGAUGCUAACUCUGACUCCCUUGCCCUAACACAGUUUCUUCAUUCGCUGAGAUGUCUUCUACACACAGCCAAUGCAGUUGCCAUGAUUACAAUUCCAACACAUCUGUUUCAAAAUCCUUCAUAUGUGAGGAGAGUGGAGAGACUCUGUGAUUGUGUGGUUAGACUAGAGUCUUUUGCAGGAUCAGAUAAAGAGCAUAAUCCACUUUUUAAAGAAUAUCAUGGAUUAUUUCAUUUCGUGAAAUUGCCAACACUAAAAUCCUUGACUUGUCAUUAUCCUGAGACGCUUGACUUGGCAUUUAAAUUAAAAAGAAAGAAAUUUGUGAUUGAGAAGCUUCACAUUCCACCCGAGCUGUCAGACACAGUUGCACGUCCACAAGAAGACGACAGUCAAUUCAAAAACAAAUCAAUUAAGAGCAAAAGAAUUGAUUUUUAAAUGAACUAAAAUAAACAAUAAUUAAUCAUUAUUAUUAUUAUUACCACUAAUAACUAGGUUGACUGAUGACGUA